CAACAGUUGUCUAUUGAUACUUGCUGUUUAUAUGGAGUGAAGUGAAAAAUAUCCAUUUAUUGACAAAUGAAAUGAAAAAUAAAUAACCACUAUGAGUUCGUGAAUGCCAUCAAUUUUAUUCAAUAAAAGGGCAAAUUACAUCAGUCGACACAAUGUUUCACAAGACGGAAAAUGCCCGAGGUACUUUUUUGGAACAAACAAAAGCAGCUAGAGAAGAAAGAGCGCUGGAAAAACGAAAGGAAUCCGCAGCUAAGCUCAUUCAAGCUCACAUUAGAGGAUGGUUGGCAAGAGCUGAAUUUGCAAGGGGCAUUUUGGCCAAAUUCGAUGAAACAAUACCAACAGUACCUGAAGACAUCUCAAAAACUGAAUUCAAGCCUGCGAUUGAGAUAUACCACCAAGCGCUGCGUCUUUUACUUGUUUGGAAGAAGGAAAGGGACAAGGAACGAUUCGCAAAGCUAUGUCGAUACCUGAUUAUCACCUUAGAGAACGAUUCCCCAAAAUGUAGCUACGUCGGAGUAGCUCUGAGCAAGGAACAUGUGAUAAGAUGGAUUUCCCACAUGAACGACAUCCUUUGGAAAUGCUGUGAAUAUCUGAUUGAUCUCAAACCGGAAUUUGCAAGCGACAUGAAAAGCAUCGUCUUGUAUUUGCACAUGCUCGUCUCGUUCACAAGCACCAACACGUGGACUGCGCUGAAGAACAAGAAUAUGGAAAUGUUGAAACCCGGGAUGAAUCAGUUGUGCGCUAAUCUUAUGGGGCAGCUUUUUCACAAAGGGUUUUAUCCAAUACUAAAGGAGCUGCUACUGAAAGGCUUAGGUAGAAUAAAAAUAUCAUUCAAAAAUGUCUCAUUGUCAGCCAUCCUGACGCUCUCUCUUAGGCCACUGGUAGCAGCAAAUUAUUCGGACAAACUUAUGACUAUUUUUCUUAUUAAUAUAUUAUCUGUACCUGGACUGAUACACCAUCUGCAGACUCUUUCCUCAGAGUCCAUACAGACGGUGAUAAACCAUAGGCUGUUUCCAAGAAGCUUGGAGCUACUUUCGAGUCAGCAAUCAAUGAGGAUAGUCUUUAACACUCUGGAAGGAAGUUACGCAUUGUGCUUGCUGGCGAAUUUAAUCCACCUCGCGUACAUUGAGAGACACACCACGCUAAAGGAAUUAUGUUUUCCCACAUUCACAGUGGUUGUAACAGGUCUGUUGGAAAGCUGUCAAAACUAUGUGGUUAGCAAGCAAUCGACGUUGACACACUGGCAUCCGGUUUUGGGUUGGUUUGCACAAGCGAUGGAUCCGGCAUUGCACAAUGCCAUCCAACACGUAAAAAUACAGCUGCAUCUGUUGUGGAACCUGGAAAUUAUACAAAUCUUGUUAGGAAACUCGCUGGCUGUGUUAGUUGCCGGCAGCGACCAUCCGGGAUACAGCAUGAGCCCCACGCAAAACAGUUUCAGCGGGUCAAAUUUUUUCAAGAAAGUGUUGGAAGGUAGAAGCAACAAAUCUCAUUCGCUCAAAACGUACAGGGCUUUAGGUAGUCCAGAGGUUCACAGGGUGAUUUUGAUCUGCUCAAUGUACCAUACGGCUUUGAAUACCCUAACGCAAAUGCAGCUCGACAUUUUAACAGGUCUGUGCUAUCAAAACUCAGUCCUGUAUGACUUAUGGUUAUUUCUGUGCUCUCUGGGACCCAACUGUGGUAUGAAACCAUUUUUGGAUCACUUGGCUUUCAAUACAAAAUGUUCGGCUCCCGAAUUUCAAAUGUUGCAGUUGUUCGCCGAUUGUAUGGCGCAUUAUGUCACGAUUCUCGAUGAUAUGGAAAUGUAUGAGCAACAGAACCCUUUCAAUUUAUCGGAUUUCGUAGUGAUGUCUAACUUUUUGAAUGUAUUUUUAUAUAGAGCAGUUAUGGGGAAUCUAUUUGACUUCAAGACGAUACACAACAACAGCCUCUUCAACUCCCUUCACACACUGUUGAUGCUUCUCUACAAGAGAGACUGCAGAAGGAACUACACGCCGGCAGGUCAUUGGCUAAUCAAAGAGAUAAAAGUGUCGUCGUUCAUCACGGAUCUCGAAAAAGGAAGGCGAGCACCUCAGUUGCUACUGCAAACUAUGCCACAUAUCAUCCCGCACGAGGACAGAGUUAGGCUGUUCAGGAAACAUAUUAAUAACGAAAAGACUGUUCUUGGCCUGACGGAAUCAGCUUGCGCUUCUCCGCAGUCUACGCUUAUCACAGUACACAGGAACAGGAUAGUUGAGGACGGAUACCGGCAGCUGGCUCUGUUGCCAUCCCAAGCUUUGAAAGGUGUUAUCAGGGUGCGUUUUAUUAACGAGCAGGGUCUCGACGAAGCGGGUAUCGACCAAGACGGCGUUUUCAAAGAAUUUCUCGAAGAAAGCAUAAAAAGGGUGUUCGAUCCGUCAUUGAAUUUGUUCAAGGCCACCAGUGAGGAAAGACUGUAUCCGUCUCCGACGUCAAAUAUGCAGGACAAUCACUUACAGCUGUUUGAAUUUGUUGGGCGUAUGCUAGGUAAAGCUGUAUACGAAGGGAUAGUCGUAGACGUUCCGUUCGCAUCGUUUUUCCUCAGCCAAGUAUCCGGUCAAACAAACCAGGUGCUUUACAGUUGUGUCGACGAACUACCCUCUCUGGAUCCCGAUUUAUAUCGUAGUUUGAGUUAUGUGAAGCACUACGAAGGGGACGUUUCCGAUUUAGACCUCACCUUCAGCGUGGACGAAGAUAAUUUGGGUAAAAUAGUUACGCAUGAGCUAAUUCCUGGAGGAAAAGCGAUACAGGUCACUAAUGAAAAUAAGAUAAACUACAUUCACUUGAUGGCACACUUUCGCAUGCAUGUCCAAAUAAAAGACCAAACAGCUGCGUUUAUCAAAGGAUUUCGGUCUAUCGUUAAUCCAGAUUGGUUGACAUUAUUUUCAACACCUGAGUUGCAACGGUUAAUAUCAGGCGACAACGUACCGCUGGAUCUGAAGGACUUACGGAGGAAUUGCCAGUACUAUGGCGGCUUUCACGACUCUCACCGAGUCAUAGGAUGGCUGUGGGAUAUAUUAGAGAAGGACUUUAGUGAGGAGGAAAAAGCGAUGUUCUUAAAAUUCGUGACGAGUUGUUCUAAACCGCCACUGCUCGGUUUCGCGCAUUUGGAACCGCCGUUUUCGAUAAGAUGCGUGGAAGUAGCUGAUGACGAAGAUACGGGUGAUACAAUAGGCAGCGUGUUCCGGGGAUUUUUCACGAUCAGAAAAAAAGAUCCGCAGAAUCGCCUGCCUACAUCCUCCACCUGCUUCAAUCUCCUCAAAUUGCCAAACUACCAAAAGAAGAGCACGCUUCGCGAGAAGUUACGUUACGCGGUCACUUGCAACACCGGCUUCGAGUUAUCAUAAUUUCUCGAGAUUAUGAAUAUUUGGAAACAUGGAAUUGAUGUUAAAUGUCAUAUCAUUUUUUUUACUGAAGCUCGAGUAUUUUUUCGUACGGAAAAUUCUUUGGAAGUGGGUGAGUAUAUCAGUACAUUUUCGAAUUGAAUUUCAUUCGCAGUCGUUUGGUGUUAAGGUAUUUCUUUGACUAGCGUGUUCGAUAAGGAUCAAGGAUGGAAGGUGCCAAAAUUUUAGGCGGUUCAGAAAUCAGUAUUUAAGGUAUAACGGCUGUGGCAUAAUGGGUUACAUUGAUAUUGUUCAAUCGAUUUUAAUUUUAACAUUAUUACCGGACAAACUAUAGUCGAAAUCACGAAAGAUGACGAUACGUCAUCAUUUCAGUCUGUAGUAAAAACAAACGACAGCGAUUUGUGAAUAUUUUUAAUGAAGUUUCAGAUAUGUUAGACAGAGACAAACAGAAGAUGUUGCAUGAUCGAUCAUAUCUGAAAGAUGAAUAGUUUUUUUUUUUUUUAUAUAUAUCGAAACAGCCGCGCAGGCAGAAGCCUAAAUGCCGGAACACCGCGGCUGCUAUGAUGAUCCCAAAGAAAUUUUGUUAAUACGAUUUUUGAACUGCCUAAGGUUAGCAGAACUGGGAAAAGCUUCCUCCCGUAGAUUGUUCCACAAUCUAGACACCCUCGGGACAAAGGAGCGGUC